CGGGAAUUCUCCACAUUUCUGUUCUGAUUCUCUACGUAUAGGUUAAGUUUUUUUUUCAAAGGCCCGUUAUAUCUGUUUAACGAUAUUUAGAUAAUAAUAUAAAAAUAUUUAAUACUCCUGAUCUGUGCUCUUGUGAGAAAUUUAAAUAAAGGCUUAACUAACAAUGGCUGGAACAUUAUGCGAACGAGACAGUUCUAAAAGAACGACGUAUAUUGAUUGGGACGAAUAUUUCAUGGCCAUUGCGUUCCUUUCUGCUAAACGGAGCAAAGAUCCUUGCACCCAGGUCGGUGCGUGUAUUGUUAAUAAUGACAAGAAAAUCGUCGGUAUCGGAUAUAAUGGGAUGCCCAUGGGAUGCAGUGAUGAUGAGUUUCCUUGGAAAAGGGGCCCCCACACUAGUUUAGAUGCGAAAUAUCUUUAUGUGUGUCAUGCGGAAGUUAAUGCGGUUCUAAACAAAAAUUCGAGCAACGUUAAAGACUGCACAAUAUACGUUGCUUUAUUUCCGUGCAACCAGUGCGCGAAAGUAAUAAUACAGUCCGGCAUAAAAACUGUAAUUUAUAUGUCCGACAAAUACGCUCAUAAAGUCGAGACAAUAGCCGCUAAAAGAAUGUUUGAUGCUGCGGGUGUAAUGUACAGGCAGUACAUCCCAAAGAAUCCGAAAAUAGAAAUUAAUUUCAGCGAUAUUAAUUGGACUGAGAUGAACCAAUUACCGCAAACUCCGACAAAACAAGAAGAUUAAGAAAUGAGAAUCAAUAUCAUCAUGUUGAUCACUA